AUGAGUAUAAGCAGUGAUGAGGUUAACUUCCUCGUAUAUAGAUACUUGCAAGAGUCCGGUGAGUAUUUGGCUAAUAAUUCUUUGAGGGAUCCGUUUUGGGGGCAGCAUUUAACAAAUAUUCAGACAUCCUUCAGGAUCUGUAUGCAUAGUGGCUGAAAGACUAGAGUAUGACUCAUCAAGGCAAUUUCUCUUACCCAGACUCCCAUGUGCUUUCAAAUUUCUUGCAUGGGGAGGAUGACAGUGGCCUACUUUAACAUAACAGGAUUAUUACAAGUCCAUAUUAUCACAAUUUUUUGCCAACUUAUGCCUUAAGAUCUGCAAGGGAAGCUCUGCCGGUGGUCUUGUCGACGACGGCUAUUUAUUUGGCAAGGGUGUAGAGCAGAGCCUUCUCUGCAGUGACACCCUGGUUGUAGAACUAACUCUUGGGGGAGAUACAAAUGUCAGCUGGAGACAUUUUUUGUUCCUCCAUGCCAGUGCUUCUCAAACCUGGAUCUCCAGCUUUUUUGGGGACUACAGUUCCCAUCACCCCUGAUCACUGGUCCUGCCAGCUAGGGAUGAUGGGAAUUGUAGUUCGAAAGCACCUGGUGACCCAAGUUUGGGAAACACUGCUCUAGGCAACGGAGGUGUUGUGUUUCCUGUUGAAUGACUUGCUGAUACAUGUCUAGCGAUGGUUUUGGGAUACGUUUUAAUACUUUUAAUGUUUUAUGGUGAAACAUUGCAUUUCAUUUUAGAUGUUGCAGGCAACCCUUUGAGUUGAAGGGUGCUUUAAAUAUGUAAUAAAUAUCUAUAGGUAAAGCAUUUUUUGCUAAUCCGAACUGCUAUAUGGAUGCUAAUUAUUGUUCCUCCUAGAGCUGAACUUCCAGUUUUUCUUUUCUCCCUGCUUUGUGUACAGUGGUACCUUGGUUUACAACCAUAAUCCGUUCUGGGGGCCCGUUUGUAAACCACAACAGGUUGUAACCCAAGGCGCGCUUUCGCCAAUGGGGCCUCCAAAAAAAAUUUGUUUGUAAUCCCAAAAAAGGUUGCAAACCGGGACAUGCACUUCCAGGUUUGACAUGUUUGUAAUCCGAAAUGUAUGCAAACCAAGACGUAUGCAAACCAAGGUACUACUGUACUUGUUGAAAAGCACCAGUGUUUUUCAGUGAGUUUUUGACUACCCCUCGUAAUUUAGUACAUUGGCUUAAUACAAAAUGCUCAAGAAGAUUAUUAUUCCAAAGCAGCUGUGAGAUGCAUUGACCAGUUUCAAGAGAAAUAAUUUCCGGGGCAGAGGCCUUUUUGGUGGUAGCCCCUGCUCUUUGGAAUAAGCUUCCCAAAGAGUCCUGCCUGGUACCUUCGCCAACUUCAUUCUGCCAGGAGUGAAGGUGUAUUUGUUUUCAAAGGCGUUCUUGAGUUCUUGAUUGUUAUUUUUUUACCUCCAAUUUUUCAGUUCUAAUCGUUUUUUGUCUGCGGGAUGAAUUUUGUACUCUGAAAAGCUGGAUUCCGUAACCUGUCAAUUCUGCCCAGUCUGGCUCAAAAAUGUGCUCAACUUUAAUGCAAAAGCAGCAUAUGGUACCCCAAGUGGAAAUUGCCGUCACAAAUGGUUUUUCUUAUGGAAGUGGUAUAUUGCAGAGAGAGGAGUAAUAAGGAAAGCUAGCGAGAUGGACGGGGUAUAAAUAAUAAAUUAUUAUUAUUAUUAUUAUUAUUAUUAAGCUACACAGAAAGGAGAUUGCUCACCUGGAUUGUAGCACACAGAACGCCAGUUCUUUCUGACUAAGAUCAUGUUUUGUACAUCAAAAUAGACUUUUAAAAAAGCAUGCACUGGAAGUUUUGUUAAGACUUAUCUAAAAAAUAGUGUGGAAAAAUAUGCAUGCUCAGGUGUUGAUUCUUUUCCAAUUUUCAAACAAAACUUCAACUUAUUUUGGCCCAGUGUGCAUCUUGAAUUGCAUGUUGGAUGUAAAAUUCAAACUUUCUGUGUACUCUUUCACACGGUGUUGGAUUCAUUUUUUGUCUCUUCAGAAGAUACUGAGUUGUAUAUAGAAAAUAAUGAAAAACCGCAGGGAACACUAUAAAAGGUGGGGUAUGGGGAAUAUUCCUUGGGGAAGGGGUUCUUUGUACCUGGUAAGAGCUCACCUUCCUGAGCAUUUUGGUGAAUUGUCUGCUAUUUUUGCAAAAAACGUUUGAGGUUAAACUAUAGAUUGACUAGACUAAUGUGAAUCAGACAAACUGAGCACUUUUAAUGGAGAGACCUAGAGCUUCAGUGGAGACUUCGGUCUUACAACCAGUGGUUGGGAAGUUUAUUCGGCCACUUUUAGAAUUGCUAGGGGACGCGGGUGGCACUGUGGUCUAAAUUGCUCCCACAAUUGCUCCCAAUUGUGGCUCCCAUUGCUCGGUCCCAGCUCCUGCCAACCUAGCAGUUCGAAAGCACGUCAAAGUGCAAGUAGAUAAAUCUGGCGGGAAGGUAAACAGCAUUUACGUGCUCUGCUCUGGUUCACCAGAAGUGGCUUAGUCAUGCUGGCCACAUGACCCAGAAGCUGUCUGUGGACAAACGCUGGCUCCCUCGGCCUAUAGAGCGAGAUGAGCGCGCAACCCCAGAGUCGGUCGCGACUGGACCUAAUGGUCAGGGGUCCCUUUACCUUUACCUUUUAGAAUUGCUGAGAUAUCGCUAGCAUGGCUCACAUGUUGUCGGAACCAUCUCCACAUCCAAAGGAGCAAAAAUCUAGCAAAAGCAGAGUAGAACAUUCCCUUUUAAUUUUUAUUUUCUUUUUAAACUGAGAUGUGGUCGACCCAGCUCAUUUCUGGUGUGAGAGUGGUAUGUAAGCGUGAUAAUAAUUCUGAGGGUUUUGCAGCAGUUACAUAGAUUCCUAGUGGUUCAAGGCUCUUCAUUCUACCGUAUUAUGUUUUUAUAUGUGUUGGAAGCCACCCAGAGUGGCUGGGACAGGCCAGCCAAAUGGUUUGGGUAUAAAUAAUAAAACUAUUAUUAUUACUAUUAUUGGAAAGGACCUGUAGUUAAUCCAAAUUAAAACAAAAGAAAUCCAAAAGGCCACGAGGCAACCCCCACCCACCCAUUUCCCUCCUCCUGGCAAUCAAAGUACAACAGAUUUGCUGCCAAGCUAUCCUCUUUGUGGAGAGCGGGAAGGGGCCACCACAGAGGAUGUCCUGUUUCUGGUAACCCACACACCUCUCAUUUGCUUUGCCUACAGAAAGUCCCAGGUUUAAUCCCUGAAAACUGCUGGCAGGGCUGAGAGAGAGACGGCUGCCUGAAGCCCUGGAGAGCGGCUUCUAGUCAGUGUAGACAAAACUGAGCCAGAUGGAGUAAUGGUCUGACUCUAUAUAAGCCAUCUUCCUGAGUUUCUCCUUCAGUAGCAGCAGAACAAGGGAAUAGUAAUAGUAAUAGUAAUAAUUUAUUACUUAUACCCCGCCCAUCUGGCUGGGUUUCCCCAGUCACUCUGGAUGGCUUCCAACAAAAUAUUAAAAACACAAUAAAACAUCAAACAUUAAAAACUUCCCUAAACAGGGUUGCCUUCAGAUGUCUUAUAAAAGCCAGAUAGUUGUUUAUUUCCUUGACAUCUGAUGGGAGGGUGUGCCACAGGGCAGGCGCCACUACCGAGAAGGCCCUGCCUGCUUCCCUGUAACCUCACUUCUUGCAGUGAGGGAACCACAAGAAGGCCCUUGGAGCUGGACCUCAGUGUCCAGGUGGAACGAUGGGGGUGGAGAUGCUCCUUCAGGUAUACUGGGCUGAGGCCUCCAAGGAAGGUCUUAAUGGACAGGCAGGUUCAUGUCUGUCCCACUCUUUUCUGGAUCCAAAAGGACCUGCAUGUUGGUGAUCGCACGUCAGUUGAACACACCCAAAAUGGUUGCUACCUGUACUGGGGUUUUCAGCUCGAGAUGCUAUCCCCACAGGCUGUGAGCUGGAGAUCACAUCUCCUGGUCUAACCUGAGGUACCAGCCCCUCAGAGCCCUAACUGGGACUCUGGUGACUUCUAAUCUCUCACUUCAUGUGGAUGAAUUGCUCAGUAGGAUGCAAUGUUUAUCUUCGACAAAUCCCACUCUUCAGUUUUUCCUGCAGUAGCGGUAGCAUUCUGCUUAAUUCAGCCCAAACUGGAAAAUGUAUUCAUCCCCUCUAUUGUUUGCACGUUAGCCCAAAGCGGGAGUAAAUUAAGUUCCCAAAAAAAGCUUGCUCCAAAGCCCUCCUCGUCUGAUUGGACCGCCUUCAAGAGAGGGUUGCCUUCACGGGGGAAGUGUUUGGAAAGGGAAGCGGUUUUUUCAGAGAGCUGCGACCCUGGCUCUGCGACCAUGAAAAUCCUGCGUGGGGUGUCUCCAUGAUAAAUCACAGCAGUGCCAGCUCAACAGUGGCUCAUUAGUGCUAGCGAGUGCGGCGUCCAGGAAUGAGAUGAAUACACACAUUAUUUCCAGGGAUGGCAGAAAGCCGGCGCCUGGCAGCUGAACUCAAUGGUGUGCGAUUUUUAAAGCCUAGCUACCCACAGAACCUUUAGUAAUGUUUAGGUCCUGCUUAUAAUACCUGUUUUAGUUACUCAGUGUGUGCCAAGGCAACUGAAAGCAGUGUACCUGUGGCAGACAAUCUGCACCCCUUCUCUCCUUUACACUGUCCUGCCUUGCUCCCUUGUAGUCUUGUUUAAUUUUGACAAAGUUGUCUUUUUGAUGAGCCUUAAUAAGUCGUUCCUCUCAGGCCCAGAUUUUUUUUAAAACAACAACAACCAUGAUCCAUAAAAUUGAUGCUCGCUGCAUUGACGAUAAUUAUUGUAAUGGUUAAGAGCGAAAUUCUGUUUAAUUAUUAUUUGCUGCUGUUUUGAGAGUUAAUUUUAUCGUGUACUGUUCUGUUCUAUUAGAUUAUUGAAUAUUACUUUAUUUGAUAGAAGUCAAUCCAUUUUAAGCGGGACGCGGGUGGCGCUGUGGGUUAAACCAUAGAGCCUAGGACUUGCUGAUCAGAAGGUCGGCGGUUCGAAUCCCCGCGACGGGGUGAGCUCCCGUUGCUCGGUCCCUGCUCCUGCCAACCUAGCAGUUCAAAAGCACGUCAAAGUGCAAGUAGAUAAAUAGGUACCGCUCCGGCGGGAAGGUAAACAGCGUUCCUGUGCGCAGCUCUGGUUUGCCAGAAGAGGCUUAGCCAUGCUGGCCACAUGACCUGGAAGCUGUACACCGGCUCCCUCGGCCAAUAAAGUGAGAUGAGCACCGCAACCCCAGAGUUGGUCAUGACUGGACCUAAUGGUCAGGGGUCCCUUUACCUUUAAUCCAUUUAAAAGUUACAUUUUAUUGUGGCUUUUUGUGUUGGGAUCCGAUUUUUGUAAGGUGUUUUUCUUUUCUUGUAUAUUUUGUAAACCGCCUUGUGUAGAAUAAUAAACAAAGGCGGUACACAAAUUCAAAGUGAAAUGAUAAGUUUCACAUACAAAUGCUAUAGGCUUGUUUGCCCAUUGUCUUACUUGGGGGGCUGACCUAGAUAUGUCCAUGGUACUCACGUGCACCAAAUUUUGGAAUUUUGGAAAUUCUGAGCUUCAGAAUGCUGGCGUUUUGUAGCACCUACAUAUGAAAAUGUGCAAGGAAAUUUACAUUUUCCACAUUGAUUUUUUUAGGAAGUUCUUGGUGGGACAGAUCAUUGGACCUAACAGAACUAGCUUGAUGAUGUUGGGUUUCCCCACACUCAUGCUCAUACUCCUGAACCCCAGCUCACUGUCUUUUCUGGAUUCUUUUGUUUAUUCCCUCCCAAAUUGUAUUCAUUAAAGUACAUAUAAAUUACUUUUUCCCAAUUGUUCAAAGUGUUUCAACCCGUAACUGUAAAACAACAGCAACAAACGAAACAAAAGCUCUGGGGCAGCUCAACCGGUAGAGCAUGAGGGUUGUGGGUUCAAGCCCCACGUGGUGUAAAAGAUUCCAGCAUUGCGGGGUGCGGGGGUGGACUAGAUGAUGCUAAUGGUCCCUUGCAGCUCUACAAUUCUAUGAAAAGUUUCAGCAACAACAUCUCUUGGAGCAAAAGAAGACCUGCUGGACCCAGAAGCCCAUCUGGUCAGCAGUCCUGUUCUCGCAAUGGACAACCAGAUUCCUACCGGAAGCUUGAAAACUGGACAUCAGCAACUGAUGUGUAGAGUCAUACUGCUUCCAGCAAUGGAGUAGAACAUAACCGCAGUGACCACUAACCAAGGGCAGUCCUGUCCUCCACGAAUUUCAUUCUCUGUGCACAAUUUUAUUUUUUCCAUCUUGCCUGUGCAGUGUUUGGCUUCAUCGGAACACAUUGAAAGGAGAGCAGGAGGAAAGCUUCUCUCUUAUCCACUUUAAUAAUCCAACGUGUGCAGCCUGGGAGUCAUUCUGGACUCACAGCUGUCCAUGGAGGCGCAGAUCAAUUCUGUGUCCAGGGCAGCUGUUUAUCAGCUCCACCUGGUACGCAGGCUGAGACCCUCCCUGCCCGCAGACUGUCUUGCCAGAGUGGUGCAUGCUCUAGUUAUCGCUCGCUUGGACUACUGCAAUAUGCUCUACGUGGGGCUACCUUUGAAGGUGACCCGGAAACUACAACUAAUCCACAAUGCGGCAGCUAGACUGGUGACUGGGAGCUGCUGCCGGGAUCAUAUAACACCGGUCCUGAAAGACCUACACUGGCUCCCAGUACGUUACCGAGCACAAUUCAAAGUGUUGGUGCUGACCUUUAAAGCACUAAAUGGCCUCAGUCCACAGUAUAUCUGAAGGAGCGUCUCCGCCUCCAUCAUUCUACCCGGACACUGAGGUCCAGCGCCAGGGGCCUUCUGGUGGUUCCCUCACUGUGAGAAGCCAAGUUACAGGGAACCAGGCAGAGCGUCUUCUCGGUAGUGGCACCCGUCCUGUGAAAUGCCCUCCCACCAGAUGUCAAAGAGAAAAAUAACUACCAAACUUUUAGAAGACAUCUGAAGGCAGCCCUGUUUAGGGAAGCUUUUAAUGUUUAAUAGGUUAUUGUAUUUUAGUGUUUUGUUGGAAGCUGCCCAGAGUGGCUGGGGAAACCCAGCCAGAUGGGUGGGGUAUAAAUAAUUUAUUUAUUUAUCAUCAUCAUCAUCAUCAAACCGAAGGACUUCUGUCAAAAGCUACCCAUGGCAGGGCAGAUAAGUGGGAGGGGGAACAUCUUGAACCCCUAUGAAAAGAAAGCCACUGAGUGGCUGCCCUGGCAUCUUCUGGAGGGUCUAUAGCUUUGAAACAGCCAAUGGGCCAGACAGGGCUGGCAGCCUGUGCAAAGCCGUAACAUUCAAGUUUGGCCUUCACACACAAAAUCCAGAUCCUGUGACCAAUGAACCAGAUUUUUGUGCAGGGAAAUGGUUGUUUGCAUAUAGCCCAGAUCUGAUUGUUCUUAUAGCCUCACAUGAACAUCCAAAGCGGGGCAGGUGAGCCUCGGCACUCGUAUCAACUAUCUGAUCUGACCAAUAUCAAAACUGAUAACACCUAGCAAAAUGAAAUGUCUAGUUGCCAUUUGGGGGUCAAGACGGCUCAAAAGUCGUAGUUUCCAGAACGACUUUGUGGUUCCUGAAAUUUCUUCAGAUGGUGAUGAAGAUGAUGAUUGCAAUUUGUGUACUGUCCUUUUAUCUCAUGCAGAUAAAAUACAACAGAUAGAAUUCUAUAGGAUGUGUUGUUAGUGUGUGAAAACAGGCAAGAUCCAAGGAUCCCCCCAGUUGGUGGAGAUGGCCAGGCUCCAUCUUGGCACCCAGGCGUCUUCACUUAGUCACAAGUGGCCGAUAGCCAGGUGGAAAAUGCUCCUGGCAAUUUCAAACGCUGGUCCAAGAUGGAAAGCAGGUUUUGGCCUAGCGAAUUGCAAUUUUUUCUCCCCCUUCCCCUCAACAGAGUAAACUUGCUGCCUGGGGGAACACUUUUCCUAUUUGCAUAGCCCCGCCCUUUAAUUUGCAUAGCCCCAUUCUGCCUCCUGGGUCUUUAUCUUGUUAUCGUUACUGCUGCAAUACCUGUGAAAUCUCUCUCUCUCUCUGUUCUCCGGUAUGUGUGCAAAAUUUUGGAUCCCAACGGCUAUAAAGCAACUGUUUAUAACGUCCCAAAAGGGGAGCUUUCUGAGGUUCUAAUUACCUACGAGUGGAAAACCGUAACAGCUUAAGAUGAAUCACUUCCUCACAAUGGAUUUACCUUUUCAGGGCAAGCAAAUAAAUAACACUGUUAGCAUCCAGUAAUCCUAAUUUUCCUAUUUGCAAAACGAUAAUUAUGCUGCCCUUGAAACGGCACGCAGAAGAAACGCACGCCUGGCGCUGGUGUGCUCAUGCAAUUAAAAUGCUUUGUCGUGAAGUUAAUCCUCCCUUCUGUAGGCAUAUAUUCUCCCCUGUCCUAUGCAAUUUAGGAAUAAAUGGAAAUGCGGCCCGGGGUGGUGGUGAGAGAAAGAGAAAUAAACAAAUGAAUUUCAGUGCCUCACCAGAGCUUUGGGGGUUGAUAGACUUGACCAAGGUUUAUAAAGGAAAUAAUGGAUUCACUGGGUAACAGCAAAGAAGCAUAACUAGCAUGACUAGGUAAGAUUCUCUGCUGUGGUCUUUGGUAGAUAAACCUUGAUAACGAAUCCUACCAUUCAGGAAAAGUUGAUUUGUGUCCUUUUUUGCAGUGUGUGACACUCCAGGCCUGACCUGCUGGCCGCAGCCUGACAACCUAAGACAGUGAUGGCCAAACUUGGCCCUCCAGCCGUUUUGUGACUACAAUUCCCCUCAUCCCUGACUACUGGUCCUGUUGGCUAGGGAUGAUGGGAGUUGUAGUCCCGAAACAGCUGGAGGGUAGAGUUUGGCCAUCACUGGCCUAAGGCUUCUCGUGUGUAUGAGCACAUCCUUAUAACCUUCCCCUUGUCUUUAGGGUUCUCUCAUUCAGCAUUUACCUUUGGUAUCGAGAGCCAUAUCAGCCAGUCUAACAUCAACGGUGCCCUGGUACCCCCUGCUGCUUUGAUUUCCAUCAUCCAGAAAGGCUUGCAGUAUGUAGAGGCGGAAGUCAGUAUUAAUGAGGUAAGGCAAGUCUCUUGUCGGCUAUAGACGAUGACAAGUGCUUUCAUAUAUCUGCAGAGGGUUUCAUUACCCUGGGGAAGUGGGUUGCUCUCUCCUCAACUGUCCUGCUUAGAUGGUUUGCUGUCACGAUGGAUCCUCUGUAGGUCCUGCUCACCAGACCUUUUCUUGUCAAAGAAGGUUGGAAUAAUACAAAGUUCUAUGGAGGCCUCAAUCAGGGCAGUCAUUCAUUGCCAUGUUGCAUGUGGGUGUGUGUUAUUUUAUCAGACUGCUGGUCCUCCAGAGAUCAGAUAUUAAAGUUCCUUCAAUGUUCACGUGAACAGGUCGCAUGUGACCAGAUUCUGGGCAAGCCUAAGGAAUUCCGAGAGUGUGCAGACAGAAGCACCCUCACCUGCAAAAGCAUGGCAUGCAGUUGCCAAAAGCUCUGAACUACCUGUCGCAGUGCACACAUGGCCAAAGCGUUGAUGUCUCUUCAUUUAGGAGGUCAUGCACAAGCGCCACCAGCUGUGGUCAUUCAAACAACACCAAUAAGGCAGUGGAUCAAAUUGGGGAGGGAACCCAGUUGAUUGUGUUGUUUUUUUAAGAACACUGUGGUUUCGAUUCGCUCUCAUUUGGCCUAGUGAUUUUGCCCAGUCUUUUGCAAAGAUGUUUCUGUUUUGGAGAUACACACACACACACACACACACACACACACACACACUGCAUUAUCCCAGAGACAGGUGUGGAGAACCUCAGGCCUGGGAGCUGAAGGCAGCCCUAGAGACACUCCCCAGGCCACAGCCCCCAUCAGCCCUGUCCCACACCCUCCUGAGGGCUUUUGCGUGGCUGGAAUUUGCCCUUAAUGUCUCAUGCUUGCCUGGAAAGAUGAUGGAGAGGCGGCGGGUUGGGUGGAGGGGUGUAGAAACUCUGUUUUUGUGUGUGGCUGGAAUGCAGACCACUGCGCAGAGGUAAGAAUCAUGUGCACUGCUCUGGCUCCACCCUCUUUUGUCUCUGGCCACACCCACCUCUGCAAAAAUAGCUUAGCGUCAUUGUCCUAGUCUAAUGGAAAGUGACGCACCUCACCGUUUUCCUCACUAACCCUUCCAUACAUAAAUAAAACUUUUUUUGAAGAAGUCCCCACUCAGAGUAUUUCCUCUCCUCUCCCUUCUUCAAGAUGUGAAAGUUUCUACUUUUGAGACCUUGAAGUUGUGCACGUCAGCCAUUCCCAAUCCUUACCAAGCAGGUCUUUUACCAGAGUCCCUUAUUUCUGCCUAGUAACUCAGGUGGUCCCUUGGCCUUGCGCAAGGAGAGCCUUUUCAACACUUCGCUUGAGGCCCAGCGGCCAUUUCCGCCUUCCUUUGAUAUCCCUCUCCUUUCCUUUUGAAUUGGAGAACAGAGAGAGCAUUCACCACUCUCACGGUGAAAAGAAAUCUCUGGGAAGGACACGAGUCCAAGGGAAGAACGGAGAAUAAAUGAGGGAAACAGCCCACCACAAGGAGUUGCCCCGUCCUCCCAGCUUCUAAAAACAAGCCAAAGGACAUGUCUAUGGAGGCAGUUUUUGAGGAAAUACUUUCAUGUUCAGUUUGGUGUGUCCCCUGCCUUCCAGCAGUACUUAACAAAAGCAAAUAUAUACGUUAUUAUAUUGCCUGUAAACAUAUGUCCUGAUACUUUUUAUGAAAAUAAAUCAGUCUCCUGUGCUGAGAAGCCAGGCAGAUUGAGCUGGGCCAAUUCUGGCCUUCCCAGUCCUUCCACCCAGUUCUCAGAUCAAGUUAGCCCCCCUCAUCCACGAUCAAAUAGUGGGUGCAAAUGCACCAACCCAGUGUUCACUAACAGCAGCACUAGGCUGGAAAUCUGACUGACAUGACAACCCGAUUCCCAAUGAUAGGGAAUCUGCCUGAAAAAGCUCUCCAGUCUUGUGGUCGGAAUAGUUUCUUUUCCCCUAAGACCUGGAAUUCCAGGGCCAUCCACUGGGCAUGGGCUCAUAUUAUUGUUUGUAUACAGUGGUACCUCGGGUUAAGUACUUAAUUCAUUCUGGAGGUCCGUACUUAACCUGAAACUGUUCUUAACCUGAAGCACCACUUUAGCUAAUGGGGCCUCCUGCUGCUGCCGCGCCGCCGGAGCCCGAUUUCUGUUCUUAUCCUGAAGCAAAGUUCUCAACCUGAGGUAAUAUUUCUGGGUUAGUGGAGUGUGUAACCUGAAGCGUAUGUAACCUGAAGCGUAUGUAACCCGAGGUACCCACUGUAUAGGGGGCUCGUCAACCUGGAAAGGUAGCUCAUCUAGGAGAAGAUAUCCGCCUUGAGAAGAAAAGGCUAAAGAGUAAACCCUGCGCAGAUCCAGUUCCUAAGACAGUUGACUGGUGCUAUGUACGUCUCCGUCCAGCAACUUCUGCAGCCCAGCUCGUGCCAGACGUAUCGCUCCGCUUUCCUUUGGGCCACGAGGCCACGAUUGGGGUCUUGUCGUCCAGGCAGCCCAGGACCUCCAUACACACUGCCCCUGCUUGCGCCCCAGGUUUCCGCUAACAGAGUAGUUUGGCUUCAUCCCCAGAGGUGAACUCCAUGAUCUCUUGAGACAGACGGGUGCCAACAACCAAAGGGUGCCAACUUGAAUAAAAUAUUGGGGGUGGGGGCAUAGUCAAUUACAAGAUGCGAUCCAUGCACACCAUCUGAAUGGCAGUGCGCAUCAACUUUAGGGGGCAGCCUGGGUGAAAUGAACGUAGCCCAGGGGGGCUUUUGCCGCCGAUUCUGCUAUUGGGCAACCCCAAGGUCAAGGGCGGGGUCUCCCCUCAGACGUUGUUGGAGGCAGAGCAUGUUGGCUUUUUACAGUAUAGUAGCGCUGCAGAGAGCUUGCUGGGGAGACCAUGCAUUAAAAAGGGACUCAAAAAUAACUUAAACAAGGUUUUAAUUACAAAAACAAAAACUCCUUAUACACUAAAUACAUCAACAACAAACCAGACCCAACCACCAACCCAUCCCCCAGGGUAAUGGGAGAGCUAGGUGCUGCUCCUUAUAUACUACACCCAAUUGCCAACACAGCUUAAUCAGUACAACUCGGCAGCACCUGCUAUGUUUCACAGCUGUAAAGCUGGGUCUCGUUAUCUUGCUCUGGCCCUUUCUCUGGCCCCUUAAAGACAUACACAUCGAGUGGAACAAUGAUGAACCUUUACAUUUAAAGAAACCAUUCAACAGAGCAAUGGACUGACUCUUUGCAAGGCAUCUUCAUUUGUUUACAGACAAAGAUACUAUUCAGUAACUUCACAGGACAAUUGGCCCCACAUACCCAUUCUGUCCUCGCCCUGCGACGCCUUUUUAGAGGGCCCCCAGAGUUUUUUUUUUAAUAAAAAAGAACACUGAUCCUGAGUUUGUUCUUGCUUUAAAAACACAUUGCAAAGUAUUCUGUGCAGUGGUCAAAAUUCACCAUCGUCAGGACAGAUUUGUUUACGCUCCUGCUCUGAGAUUAUUGAUGAAAAAUUUGACCUGCCAUUUAAACUCUCUCUCCCUCUCUCUCUCUCUCUCUCUCUCUCUCUCUCUCUCUCUCAUCUUCAACCUCCAAAUCAGGAUGGUACUUUGUUCGAUGGUAGGCCGAUAGAGUCCCUCUCGCUGAUAGACGCCGUGAUGCCCGAUGUGGUGCAGACGAGACAGCAGGCCUACAGGGACAAACUUGCCCAGCAACAGGCGGCGGCCGCUGCGGCAGCCGCUCCGACAAACCAGCAGGGGUCUGCGAAGAAUGGCGAAAACACUGCGAAUGGCGAGGAAAAUGGAGCCCACACUCUAGCAAGUAAGUAAGCCGGCAUGCAAGAAGGAUUAGGUGGCUGUGCUCUUGCCAUUAAGUUCCGAAUUUCACGCAGAGCCGUCUGCAUUAAGCAUCUCCAUAUCCCCGGUAUUUAAGCGAACAAAUUUGGCUGGGUGAUCGGGACACGGCUGCACCAAAUGCUUGUAAACAUUUGAAAAGGGGUGCUUGGGGGGGCUUGGACAGUGUUGCUCAAAGCACCAUGUUCCCAGCACAUGCACACUUUUAUCUGCAAUGUUUUCCAGCUGUUGCAAUUUGUUGGAAAACGCCCAGGGGUGCCUGCUAGAACUCCGAUUGUCCUCUGGUAUGCGCAAUGCUGGAAAAGGCAUCUCCCCUCUCAUCCAGUGCGCUCAGCAACAUAAACCACCUUGAUUUAUGCACACUAAUCAUCUAGCAUAACACAGCAAGAAGCGUGAAACAUUGUAGUCUAAUCUACUAUUUAUUUACACACUAUGUACAGACUACAGCGUAAUGGCGACCGUUCUCUUCUGCUCCGAGAGAACAAACAGAACAAAGUACAGUGGUACCUCUGGUUACGUACUUAAUUCGUUCCGGAGGUCCGUUCUUAACCUGAAACUGUUCUUAACCUGAAGCACCACUUUAGCUAAUGGGGCCUCCUGCUGCCUCUGCGCCACCGCCGGACGAUUUCUGUUCUCAUCCUGAAGCAAAGUUCUUAACCCGAGGUACUAUUUCUGGGUUAGCGGAGUCUGUAACCUGAAGCGUAUGUAACCUGAAGGGUAUGUAACCUGAAGGGUAUGUAACCCGAGGUACCACUGUACUUGCACUUUGACAUUCUUUUGAACUGCUAAGUUGGCAGGAGAAGGGACUGAGCAACAGGAGCUCACCCCGUCAUGGGGAUUCGAACCGCCGAAGCGUAUGUAACCCGAGGUACCGCUGCAAAAGCAAAAGUACAUUACAAAGAACUUACAGCGGAAGAGAGAUAAGGCUGUCUUCCAUUCCCACAGUCUUCUCAGACAGGCAUGUGAAUUAUACCAAUCACAAAAUGCAGCAUCGGAAGAGUGAAAUUACUGUUGCAAUUCCUACGAUUGCAGAACAUUUUUCAGCCGGCAGAAUCGCAUCUGGGCAAGUGUGCCUCCAUUGAAGGUCCCAGACACAAAGCACAUUGUUCACAAAACACAGUCAAAAUCCUAAAUUCGGGCUUUGCAGAGUCCCACCUUGUGUGGCCUGCUUCUUAUUUACUACUGUGCCCACAGUCUACUGAUUUAUUUUAAACCUGCAAAGCAAGACCACAUGCUUGGCUCUCAACAGUUGAAUCAAAACUGUUGACUGAUCCUGAGUUCGCUCUUGCUUUAAAAAACAAACAAGAGCGCUUUGCAGGAUCAGACCAGCAUUGUCUGCAAGGUUCCCAGCAGCAAGCUGGCCUCUGCUGGCAGUGGAAGGUUAACUGUGAGCCCAAGCUCUCCCCUAAAGUAUGCUUCCAACACAUGGCUAUUAUUUGCAUUGGUAAACCUGCAGAAUCGCACGUUCUCUUUAAAACUAAUGUCUCCAUUCCUUUCCAUGUUUGGAUUUAGAAGCCAGGGUGAUUGUUGGUGCUUCCCCCCCCCCCUCUUUUUUUGCUUGUUAACUGUGAGUUGCUGCUUAUGCUAGAAAUCCAGACUACUGGUCUAAAGAUAAUGUGAUUUACCAGCCACCCCUACUGGCUGGAAGCGCAAAUGAUACCUGCUCUCUGUCUGCCUUUACAGAAAGAAGGAUUUAUGUAGCUUCUGUAUCCAGUGCGAGGGAUACUGAGAUGACUUGGAAAAAAAGCUGCCCCUCUACCCUCUAUCUUCCAUGUGUGCUUUUUGCAGACAGGUCACUCUUAAAUUAGUCACCAGACUUGCAAAGGUUGUGCAUAGAUCUCCAAAAUAGGAAGUGGAUUGCGUUUGCUAACCAUAACUUUCUGUCUUUGGCUCCCUUGGCUUAAUCUGAUUUCACCUUUUGGAGUUUCAAUUUCCUUUUGAAAUACUAGAAAAACGUCGCCACCAGCUUAGACUCAAAACUGGUGACUUUUGCUUGUUUAAACAGACAGGCCAAUGUGGAUUAAAUAUGGCUUCCUUGCCAAAGUAAAUAAAGAAACUUACUGUACCUUGUGCUGAUUAGCCACUGGUUUGCCGCACACCUCUGUGGAGUUAGCUGAAUAUGGCAAAAUGAUCUGUAUGGGGGUAGAAGAGUUUUCCAUUACAGCGUAUGUUUAAAUCAGAGUUAAGGUGGUCUUGUCUUGCCCUCAGCCCUGCAUCACCCUAGAAACCACCUCUUUAGCGUAAUAAAGUACACGAACAAUGAAGAUAAAAAAUGCAUGCAGUGACAAAUACAUAAUUUGUAUGCACACAAGAAAUAUUUUGGCUUUGCUCUUAAGGCAAUUAUUAUUCACUGUUACUAAAACCUCCAAAUCUUGAGAUAGCAUACAUGCUUUAUUGGGGCAUACACAGAGUGUCCACUCAACACGCCAGCGGAGUGUUCCAAUGAAACAGAAAAACACCACACAGUCCGUUUAUGGGCAAUAUAAAGCAGAUCCACAGCUUAGCAGUUACAUACAGUUGUAGUACAUGGUCUUUCCAGCAGCAUAUGGUCUUGCAGUGUUCCAACACAGACUAGGCUCUGGCCCAGGGCAGUAGCCAAGAGCAAACUUGCUUCAAACACAAGGGUAUUUAUACUUUAGGUUGUGCUGAGUCACUCUCACAUGCCUGCUGACUCACUCUCACAUGGUCAACUAGUUGCAGGUGCAGGACAAACAUGCCCAGAAUUAACCAGUGCACCUAAAUACCCCUUUCUUGUCCUUUUUUUCUCUGCAUCCUUAUACGUCAACAUGGUUCCCCUAACUUGUAUAAUCAAAACAGUCCUCUGAGGUCAAUUAAACAGGGAGGUUGUGACUGGUCUAAGGUUACUCUGACCUUCAUGGCCAGAUAGGAGAUAGAAAUCCCCAUCACUGCUAAGUCCAGCAUUGUGUCCACUGCACCACUCUGGAUCUCCAACCCCAGGACCCUGUUUGGUGGAUUGAAUGCAGUUCAGUUGCACCAACCUAUAGAAUGGGCACAUUGCUUCUGAUGCUCAGAUGUCGGAGGGUGUGCCAGAAGGCCCAGUGAUCUAGGGAAGCAGAGAAGAGCCCAACAGAGUAUGUGCUCAGAGUCAAGGGUUAGAGUGUGAAAACCUGCUGAAAACCCGUAGUGGUUGUUGGGAUGGAUCAGCAAUAUUUCCCUUUUCCCUGGUGUCGCUAUGCUUACCAGGAAGGGAGAGGCAUCAGGGAGGUUGGUGCAGUGCAAGUACACCAGCAUGAGUGGCGGAUUGGUUCUGCCGGUGCGUUUGCACUGUGCUGAAAUUUCAUUUCAUUUCACUAUUAAAUCGUAUAUUACUAUGCACAAGAUGGGUUUGUAAGCUGAAGAAACAACAAAGCAGACUGCAGAGAUCUCACACCCCUAAUAAUCUGAUCCAAUGAAGAAGUCGUAAUAAAAACCUAACCUUAAAUUAAGCAACAUAUGAAAUAAAGCAAUGUUAAAUAAUCCAUUCGAAUAGCGUUAAAUUUACCAGCAAACACUAGUUACACAGCUCAUACUUAACCAUUACAUCAAAGAAUUACUAAACUGCAAUCAAUUAAAAUUAUCGGCCAGUAGCAAUGCAUAAAAUACCACAAAACAUUCAAUACCACGAGAAAGGAUCAAACUGAGAAGCAAGUCUGCCCGCUCUCUAAGUAGUGGUGCCGGGGAGAGGUUAGGGGGCCACAGCCCCCUUCCCUGCUGACUGCUGCUGCUCGAAACAGUGCCCUCUGGUCCAUCAGCACUAUAUGUAAGAUGGUGGUGGGGUCGGGGCAAAGAUGUACCAAGCAACCAAGGUGUGCUGUCCGUGGUCCUGCAGGCCAAAAGCCAGGAUUUAAGGAAGGAGUGGGUCCAUAGUAACACACCUCCCCCCUGUUCUUGUCCUCUGUUCUGCAGAUAAUCACACGGAUAUGAUGGAAGUAGAUGGCGACGUCGAAAUCCCUUCUAACAAAGCAGUGGUGCUGCGUGGCCACGAAUCAGAAGUAUUCAUCUGUGCGUGGAACCCUGUUUGCGACCUCCUGGCCUCUGGGUAUGUUUCCCCUAAAGACAUUUACAGAGGCAGUUCUUUACUCCGGUUCAGGGCCUUUUCUUUAAGCACGAGAAGGCGGGGAGGCUGCCGACCGCACAUCUGGCAUCUGUUUGUUUUGUACAAAGAAGUUGAGUCUUUUUAGUUUUUAACUUCUUAUCCCUGCAGAAAGUUCUUUUUUAAAAAAACAGAAGGCAAAGAGAGGGAGAGAGGAAGGACUUGCCUUAAAAACAAAAUCAGUAAGCAUGCUGUUCUGAGGCACUUGGUAGCCAACUUCCACAGCUUCCAGAGCCAGUUUGGUGUAGUGGUUAAGAGCGGUGGACUCGUAAUCUGGUGAACCGGGUUCGUGUCUCCGCUCCUCCACAUGCAGCUUCUGGGUGGCCUUGGGCCAGUCACACUUCUCUGAAGUCUCUCAGCCCCACUCACCUCACAGAGUGUUUGUUGUGGGGGAGAAAGGGAAAGGAGAUUGUUAGCUGCUUUGAGACUCCUUAGGGUAGUGAUAAAGCGGGGUAUCAAAUCCAAACUCUUCUUCUUCUUUUCUUCAAAAUCCCAUGGGUGUUGUUGUUUUUUCAUAUCAAGAAGCAUGCUGGAUAAAUGCUUAAAGGAAAGUCUAACACCCAGAACCACCUCACUGUUACAAAAUAUAAGCUCAGCCUAACACCCACCAAAAUUCUGAAGCAAUUGUAUGGGGACUCCCUGAGAAUGAAGGAGAAAAAUGGAAGGCUCGCUUGCAGGGGAAUAAAUCCUUUGAAAAAUUGGAGGCCAGCUUGUGGCACACUGCUAGUUUAUUUGCUAGUUGUCACCAUAUAUUUUGCACACUGCGACAGGUGGUUUGGUAUCCUCCAGCUGUGGAUACUUUAAUUAGCGGUCCAGCUCUUCUCUGAAGACCCUGGGAAUAGGACUGCUUGAAUUGCACAAUGGUGUUGACAAAGUGGCAUGUUUUAAAUGUGGGGAUUUUUGUGUUCUUUUUGGCAUAAUUAACUGUAGCUUCUUGGCUCUUUGCAGUGGCGAAAGUGGUAAGCACGUUAUUUUGGGCAACGUAAAAGUGUUCCCAUUCAAAACAGCGGAAUGAGGUCCGUGUAACGUUACUGCACACAGAGGAGAAAUGCGAAAGACUGAUUGGAACAUUUGUGGCAAAAGAGCCUGUAAUUCUGGGAAUGGUUGUGACCAGGCACUGUUACCCACAUCUUUUGCUCUUGCAAGGUGGUGGUUAAUUAUUGGCUCAAAGAAGCCCAUGAUCUCUGUUUAUUUUGCAGAUCGGGAGAUUCAACGGCAAGAAUAUGGAACCUUAGUGAAAACAGUACCAGUGGAUCCACACAGCUGGUCCUUCGGCACUGUAUACGAGAAGGGGGCCAAGAUGUACCGAGCAACAAAGACGUGACUUCCCUAGAUUGGAAUGUAAGCAGAAACUCCCCGGUGCUCCAAACGUACUUUGCAAAACCCAUAUUUUCAGCUUCCAAGUUACAGUGUGCAUCCACUGGGGGGGGGGGGGAUGAGGGAGUUAUUUUCUGAACUUUCCACUUAGAAUUGUUAGUUGACCGUGUCCCUUUCGUCGCUGCUUUUAAUGCCACCAAUGCCCAUGGUAACCAGUAAAACGCAUACCUGCUGAAAGGUCAACAUUUGGCGUAGCUGAGAUAUUAUCUGGAAGGCUGAACUUUGCAACCCCAUAAGGGUUCAGGAAGCACAUCCGCUCCCUGUUCUGCGCAGAAGAGAACUUUCAAGACUCAGUGGGCUUUCAGAAAUAUUUUAUUGUGUACCGGAGUUGUACACAGUAGGCAUGCACAAGCCCUUGAGUGCACUCAAACCAGCUGUCUGGGCAAAGAAACUAUAGCCAGGAAGGCAGGAAAUGCAAAAGAGCAAGUAAAGUUACAAGUGAGCUUUAUAAUAGUCCCAGAUCAGCAUCACAGAAGCAUAACAAAGAAAAAAACCAAAGGUAUAGGUCAGUGAGUUGGGAACUCGUAACUCUUAUGGCCAACAGUCAGGGAUGAUGGGAUUGCAGUUCAACAAUAUCUGGUGGGCGUCAGGUUCCCCAGACCUGGAAAAAGUGGAAGAGGGGUAUCUUGGUGAAGAGACAUUAAACAGAUUCCGCACCGCACCACCCCCAUCGGUGGAAUAAAGACUCACCCUGGAAUAGUAUUGGAACGGGCUUUAAGAAAACUUGUUGGUAGUUCUCAAGCACUGAAAAGGCUAUUAGAAGGGGGGGGGAGAGAUAGGGAGCAAUAGGGUCUCUAUCCCCAUCGUUCUGCCCGGACGCUGAGGUCCAGCGCCGAGGGCCUUCUGGCGGUUCCCUCAUUGCGAGAAGCAAAGCUACAGGGAACCAGGCAGAGGGCCUUCUCAGUAGUGGCGCCCGCCCUGUGGAACGCCCUCCCAUCAGAUGUCAAAGCGAUAAACAACUACCUGACAUUCAGAAGACAUCUUAAGGCAGCCCUGUUCAGGGAAGUUUUUAAUGUGUGACAUUUUAGUGUAUUUUUGGUCUCUGUGGAAGCCUCCCAGAGUGGCUGGGGAAACCCAGCCAGAUGGGCAGGGUACAAAUAAUUAAUAAUAAUAAUAAUAAUAAUAAUAAUUGGUGCAAGUUCCAUUAAAGAGAUGGAGGAUUCCACCCCAUGAAGGUUGAUGACCAAAAGCAGUUGGCUGUUGCUUACCAGGAGGAAGAAGUGGAGCUGGGAAGUCAGUGUGGUGCAAACUCGACGUUUCAGGCCUUCUGGGUCUCCUGACAUUGCACCUGCAGUGCUGUGGCCUCCCCGCUGUGUUCCCUGCCACAGUCUUCCCAGUAAGCCACAGCGACCCACCUGCUGGGAACUCCAAAUUCCUCAGUGUAGAUUUAGACACCAGCAGAAGAUUCCUAGCUAUAUGGGUCAACACACAAGUGCCCUUGUGAUAUAUUUCCACCAUUCCUUAUGAGCAGGACCAGGAUGACCGGCAAUAUCCACCCCCCCCCCCCCAAAAAAAGAUGAAAUUUCAAGGUGUGCUUUGAAGGGCCCAGCUCUGGGGAAACGCCCAAUAAAUUACAAGGGAAGCCCAAUUAAAGAUUUUUGUGAGACUAGGAACAUUUCUCAGGUGAGUUCCACAGGCCCCCGAGCUGCGCAGUAUCAAGAGGGGCUGCAUUUCUUCAAGCAGUGCUGUUUUCAUUUGGGAGAGGCGGGGUUGCAAAAUGUGCAGGCCUGAACAAACAAGCACACAGGAAGCAGUCUGCAGGGGGAACAAGAAAACUGUGACUCAGGUUUUGGGAGGUUGGACCCAGAUGGCAUGCAGCUUCAUGGCACACAUCACAAUCUGAAGUGUGUUGCCUAGGAAGCAAGUCCCAGUGGAGCUCAAUCCCAAGUUAGUGUGCAUCGCAUUGCCCUCAGGUUACAUUCAUCCCAAAGAGAGCAAACUCGGUGAGGACGUUGCCUACCUUAGCUGCGUUCUGUGACACGAAAUAGCAUAGCAUAACACUCUUAACUCUUUCCAGCGUGGUGUAGUGGGUCAGCAAACUUUUCCAGCAGGGGGCCGGUCCGCUGUCCCUCAGACCUUGUGGGGGACCAGACUGUAUUUUUUUUGGGGGGGGGGGGGGAUGAAUGAAUUCCUAUGCGCCAGAAAUAACCCAGAGAUGCAUUUUAAAUAAAAGGAUUCUACAUUCUACUCAUGUAAAAACACGCUGAUUCCCAGACUGUCCAAGGGCCGGAUUUAGAAGGCAAUUGGGCCGGAUCCAGCCCCCAGGCCUUAGUUUGCCUACCCAUGGUGUAGUGGUUAAGAGCAGUGGACUCGUAAUCUGGUGAACCAGGUUCGCUUCCCCCGCUUCUCCACAUGCAGCUGCUGGGUGACCUUGGGCUAGUCACACUUCUUUGAAGUCUCUCAGCCCCACUCACCUCACAGAUUGUUUGUUGUGGGGGAGGAGGGGAAAGGAGAUUGUUAGCCGCUUUGAUACUCCUUAGGGUAGUGAUAAAGCAGGAUAUCAAAUCCAAACUCUUCUUCUCAUCUUCUUCUUUUGCCCCACAGAGCGAAGGUACGCUUCUAGCAACAGGGUCAUACGAUGGAUUUGCAAGGAUAUGGACUAAAGAUGGUGAGCACACGGUUUUUCAGUUGUCUUCUUUUUUCUUUCUUUCAUAAUUUUGUGUAAUUUUGUUCCAGUGUCCUUUUUUCUUCUGUUGUGCAUAGCAUAAUUCAUUUCGAUCUUUCGUUUUCCCAUUUUAGAAUUGUAAUAAAUGCUCUCUUUAUUGUCCAGGUAAUCUCGCCAGCACGUUAGGGCAACAUAAAGGUCCCAUAUUCGCAUUAAAAUGGAACAAAAAGGGCAACUUCAUAUUGAGCGCAGGCGUGGACAAGGUGAGACGGCAUCUGGUUUAUUCAAUAAUCCCAUUUCGGCGAGAUCAAAUUAUGGGGUGCACCAAACAGCUUUAGAUUUGAAAACCCAACAGAAAAAAAGACAGUAAGGCCAUGUGAGAGCCUGUCUGGGUUUGGAAACAACCAUCUUCACUAUGCCUUAAUAUAGCAGGUGACUUAUGAGCAUUCUUGACAACAAAUGUGGUCUCUUAAUACUAGUGGAAAUUGCAGUUCGCUCAAGUAUGGUGGGGGCGAACUGUCAAAUGGCGAACUUCUGAGAGCAAGUGAACAUUCCCAAGGCUGGAGCAGCUUAAGAGGAGAGCAGACAAAUAUAUGGAGAAUUGUAGAGAACAUUUCCUGCAGUUUAUGCAUGAUGUCCCCUUGGAUUUCCCAGUCUUGCUUACGGGCUCCUUUAUGCAUUUUGCAGCAGGAAACCCAAAUUUGCUAUGCUGUGUGCACUCGACAGGGAGCUGCCACUGAUCUCCCUGACCCAAGAGGACAAAUACAUGUUUCACAUUCACAGGAAGUUUUAAGCAGAUGCUUGAAGGAUGAAGCAUUUAGUCUUAUCAGUUGGUUUGAAUCACUUAAAAAGCUUUUGACCGGUUGAAAAGGUGCCCUCAAUUAACUGUGCAGCAGGGUGGUGAUAAUAAUAAUAAGAAGUUAUUAUCACUUACAGCAAAAAUAAUAUUAAAUACAUUAACUUGGAAAAUCCACAUCACAAGGCCAUUAUGGGAAAUGCUAUGUAGGUAAUCCAGUCUGAUGUAACUUUGCCAAAUAAAUGCACUCAUGGGAUCUCUCUGAAAAGGGCAAUCAGGAUAGUACUUUUAAAUAAAUUAAGGGAUCCUUGUGUCGUUUUCUCAGCACAGAAAGGAUGGAAAGGGAGCACAUGAGCCUAAAGCUUGUGGAUUCCAAUUUUGUCCUGGGUAAAAUCACUGUGUGUGUGUGUGAGUGAGAGAGAGAGAGAGAGAGAGAGAGAGAGAUCAAACAGCCAGAAGUCAUCCUCUUUGCAGGAGCUCUUAAUCUUACGAACAUGAAGGUUUUCUAGUCAUUAUAUGUGACAGUGAAGGCAAACAAGUUUUGAACCUUGCACAAAGGAAAGGGAGCUUGUGUUAGAUUUAGAGUGGAUAAGCAGCUGGUGGAGAAAGGGUUUAGCAUGCUCUCUACUUCACACCACCCACCCCUGAAGCCGCUUUUUGGGGCAGGAGGGAGCUGUUGGUGUGCAAAUAAUGUGUCGGGCACUAAGUGGUUAGCUGAAGGCAGACGCUGCAGCCUGCAAAUAUUUGAAGGGAGAUGAGCUAAUUAGGAGAUUACAGACGAGUAAUAUGGAUAUUAGGAACUGCUUUCUAAUAAUGCAAACUUGUAAGCUGCACCUGUCUGGUAGAUAAACUUUUGCUUGGGGCAUUUUUAAAUAGCAAACCUACAAAACAUACAAUCUGAAUAAUGCCGGUUUGGCAGACUUUAGCAACGAGUGAGAUCAACAAAAGCAAUUUUAUGGUCUUUUGCUGUUUGUUUGUUUUAAUUCAGACCACAAUUAUUUGGGAUGCACAUACUGGAGAAGCCAAACAGCAGUUUCCUUUCCAUUCUGGUACGUAUUUCUUUUCAAAGAAGCAAUUGGUUUUGAAAACUAGGGGAGGGACAAUUAACAGUGGAAGACACUGCCUUUUAAGGCUCAGUUGGUCCUGAUUAAAAUCAAGAUUAUCCAUACCUCUUUUUUAAAAAAAGCACAACUGUGCACAAAAUCUCUUUGCUACAUUAUCAAAAGAAGAUAUAUUUAGUACACAAUCCAUUGCACCUUGCAUUUGAGUUGGUAUGGCUUUUGAAAACCUGCAGAUGGAACCACCUUGUUAAAUCCCGAGUCUCUGGCAUGUCAAUUCAGAUCUCAUCUUCCUCUGGCCUUGCCCUCUUCCAAAGAGCCAUCUGGGCUAAUUUUUGUAUCCCUCCUCGGUUAAAUCUGCAUUGUUUAUGGCAACGGAUGACACAGUCUCGUCUUGACCCUCGGGUCUCAGGAUCUAUUAUUUGAGAGUAAUGAUUUUAAGUUUCUGCUUGACGCAGAACAUCUGGAUCUUGGGGUCGUGGGUUUGAGCCAUAUGUUGGGCAAAAGAUUCCUGCAUUGCAGCGGGUUGGACUGUAGAAGACCUUCGUGGUCCCUUCCAACUCCGUGAUUUUACGGUUUUCCAACCUAAAAUAUCAUCAGUCAUGAGUAGUAGGUUAGGUUGGGCAAGAUCUCCCUAAAUAUAUGUUUCUAUUGAGCGUUAUGGCUGAGCAGCAAUUUGAACCUGGAUUUCCCAUAUCCACACUGCUUCCUUGUUCCACCAAGUGCCUUGUGCAGGUGAAAUGGGAGCCAAGUGCAGGCCCAGGGGACAGUCCCUUCAGCACUAGCUUUGCAUCCUCCAAGGCCUGUGGCGUUGGGGAGAGGGGCUGUGAUGACACACAUCCUUAUAAACAUCAGAGGCUUCCAAGCAUGUGCAAAGAGACCUCUAUCCAGAGUUCAUUUCAUUUCACUUUUAAUUUUUUAUACCGCCUUUGUAUAUUGCUGUAUUGCAAGGCCGUUUACAAACUGAAGAAAGAACAAAAUGUACAAUAAACAUCACACAUCUUAUAGCAAUCCAUUCCCAUGCAAAUAAGUCAUAAUAAAACUAUGACUUUAAAUAAACAACUUACAUCAAAUAAAGUACAAACAAAACGCCUUGCGAGUCGAACGUUUUGGCUCCCGAAUGCCGCAAACCCGGAAGUGAGUGUUCUGGUUUGUGAACAUUCUUUGGAACCCGAACUCCUGACGCGGCUUCCGGUUGGCUGCAGGAGCUUCCUGCAACCAAUCGGAAGCCACGCCUUGGUUCCCGAACGUUUUGGAAGUCGAACGGACUUCCGGAACAGAUUCCGUUCGACUUCCAAGGUAACACUCUGUAGUAUUCAGUGAUUUGUUAGAUUAUAACAGUAGACUUUAAAAUGAACUUGCAGAAUAUCAGCAAAUAAUAAUUAAGCAGAAAUUCACUCUUGACAAUUGCAGUGAAUCGUUACUUAAAUUAUCGUCAGUAAAAAUAACAGCAAAAUUGCAAUACAUAAAAAUACCACAGUACAGUGGUACCUCUGGUUACGAACUUAAUCCAUUCCAGAGGUCCGCUCUUAACCCGAAACUGUUCUUAACAUGAGGCACGCUUUCGCUAAUGGGGCCUCCCACUGCCGCUGCGCCAAAGGCACACAACUUUAGCUCACAUCCCAGGAGCAUCUACUUCCGUGUUAGUGGAGCUCGUUACCUGAAGCGUCCAUAAGGAGGGCGGUACAUAACCCGAGGAUCCACUGUAUAUAAGAACCAUAUAGAAAGAUGAAAUUGAGUGACAAGGGCAAACCCCUCUGAAUUUUACAUUCUGCUCUGCUCUAGGCUGAUACCUUGAUACCGUUUGCUCAAGAAUACAGGGGGGUGGUGGUUAUGUCUCCGCUUAAUGUUUUGUCUGUCUUGUCUGUCAAUAGCACCAGCGUUAGAUGUUGACUGGCAGAGCAACAACACAUUCGCCUCCUGUAGCACAGAUAUGUGUAUUCACGUCUGUAAACUAGGCCAAGAUAAGCCCAUCAAAACUUUCCAGGGCCACACCGUAAGUAUAGUUCUGUUCUGUUUUUAAAGCAAUGUUCCACUUGUUUAGUAUAAGCUGCACAUAUGGAGCAAAGUUAAGAGAUGUGAUCCUGUCGCCGGAUGGCUCAGAGCUUUCCUGCUGCCAUGUCACCUCAACCCAGCACCCUAUGUUACUUCCAUGAAGGACCUGCACCCCCAAGCUGCAGUUCCCAUAAGAUCACAGCGUUUCCCGUCAGUGCAUGAGAGAUCUGUUCCAAAUUCCAGGCAUGGAUUCUUGGAUUCUUUUGAAAGUUGUGAAUACCUUACAGAUUCUUGCGUUAGCUCAGCCGGUUGUAAGGGGACGCAUAGCCUGUGUGUGUCCCAUACAGCUUUUGCAUUGACUGUACAAUUUGCAUAGGCAAAGAUGGUGCCAUGAUGCUGUUAUUAAGCUAAGCAUCUUUCCUUCAAAGGAGGCCCCACUGAAUUAGCAAAACCUUUUCGUAAGUGUGCUUCGGAUGCAGUCUGAGUGGUAUUGGGUCAAGCCCAAUAGAGCCUGCUGUAUCCAUUGCCUGUCUCUGAAUAAUGUCAAGACAGACAUGCUCCAUCAAAUUUCAGCACUGUUCCUUUUGGAUUAAUGGUGCCGCCAUGUUGUUACUGAGUUGGAAGAGUCUUGCCUUUUAUUUCCCCGUCCUCUUAUGUGGGAGACAUCAACUUCCCUCUUGCUCUUAAAUUUCAGAAUGAAGUUAACGCAAUCAAAUGGGAUCCCACUGGUAAUCUUCUGGCAUCUUGUUCCGAUGACAUGACUUUAAAGGUAAAAAGUAAAACAUCAGGUGAUCUGGGUUUGUAAUAAACUACUUGUGUUAUACUUUUUCAGUCACGUUCUUAGGUGGAGUUUAUCGCUAUGUAUCCAAGAAGGCUUUGGCUUUCUUUUGACUGGCAAUGUUGUUAGUCAUCUUUGGCAAAAUGGGACCUGGUGUCUUAUAACGCCACCAGAAACAUCUUGCUGGACCAGCACAUCAAGUCAAAUCUCCUUUUGGAUGCCCCCAUUCUCUUGCUUGUGACAGGAAUCGGCCUAAAAUCCUAGGCACUCCAUGUCCUGAUGAAUAGCAGAGUUGCAGAAACGUAUAUUUGGAGUGAAUGCGUCUUGGAAGUAAUAAAACACGCAGAAUCAAAGGUUCAUCAGUAAAAGAAGAAUUUUUCACGAAAGGCAAAAAAACACAUGGAAGGCAAAACACACACACACACAAAAACAACUUCAGAGAAAUCUGCAAACGUUCAAGGUCGAAAAUGAAAGUAAGAAAGAAUUACCAGUUCGCUAAGCGCACAAAUUUAUCUAUCUCAGCGUGACCUUGAGAUAGCCAAAACAUAAAACAUAACAUUUCCAACUCUUAUCAGUAAAAAAAGAAAAGAACCUUGUAGAAUGAACUAGUAUCUUCCAGCAUUUUCCACUUUCUGCCCUCAAAGACCCCCAGUAUUGAGUAUUGAAUGAUACUUGGCCAAUAUUGAUUAGCCUGUCCUCAUGAAUUUGCUCCUAAAGCCACCUUUGCUAAUCCCAAUCCCAGCAUGUUGAGGCUUUGUUACGUUUUCAAUGACUAGAUUUAGUGUUGCUGGAAGGCCUUCCUUUUCCUUGCGCUUGUCAGUCAAUUUAAUUUACUUGCUUCAUCUUCCUGACUUUAAAAAGCACUUGGUGUGGCUAUCAGCUCAUAUCAGCCCCUUGUUUCACUUGUUUUAGUGUAACAUAUUUCCCCAGGUUGGCAUCCAACUAAAUUUUACUGGGAGUGCACUCAGUGGAAUGAAUGGACCUAACUUGUUGACGUUCAUUAAUUGCAGUGGAUCUAUUAUGAGUAAAACUUAGUUAAAUACCACCCUGGUGUCUUUGUUGAGCUGCUGCCUUUAAGAACGCAGAACAGGAAUUGUCGCUGUUCCAGAGGAUUAUAGUCUACAACGAAAGGAACAGAAAGCUGAGUCUAUACAGAGUCAGACCAUGGGUUCAUUUAGUUCAGUAUUGUCCAGAACUAGCCAGUACGGUUCCCUUUACAUAAACCCAGCAGCAGUUCCGCAGGUUUUUAGAGAGGGAUACCCUGCAGCGUUUUUAACCACACACUGGAAUUUGUUUGUUUGUUUGUUUUGGUUUCUGUCCUAUGAAAGCACAUUCUCAUCCCAUACGCAAUUUUAUGAUUCUGUGUUGAGAUUCCUGCAUCGCAAGGGGUUGGACGAGAUCACCCUCAGGGUCCUUUCCAAAUCAACACUUCUGUAGAGAACACCUGGUAAAGGUAAAGGGACCCCUGACCAUUGCAUUAGGUCCAGUCAUGGCCGACUCUGGGGUUGCGGCGCUCAUCUCGCUUUACUGGCCAAGGGAGCAUCCAGGUCAUGUGGCCAGCAUGACUAAGCCGCUUCUGGCGAACCAGAGCAGCGCACGGAAAUGCCGUUUACCUUCCCGCCGGAGCAGUACCUAUUUAUCUACUUGCACUUUGACGUGCUUUCAAACUGCUAGGUGGGCAGGAGAGAACACCUGGAAUUCACUGCAAAUGGGAGGCCACCUCCGUGAAGCAGGUCUCCACACAUUUUUUGCACUUCCUUCCAAUGCUUCGUGGAGAGCCUCCUUUGGCGUUGGGUGCUGUGGAAAUUGCCACAGCUGUGCGCAGAACAGAUUGCAGAACGGUGACCGAGCGCCUACAAAUGCAGUGCCAAGUUCACAUGAGAAUUGGGCUCGCAAAACCCCCGGAGCAAAGUGUCUUCAUUUGCACUGUGUGUUUCUUGGCUUUGGCGGAAGGAAGAGGGUUGCGAUAUUUGCCGGGAAACCCUUUGCACAGAAAGCUGAUACGCUCUUUCUCCUCUCUUGACCUCUCUUAGAUCUGGAGUAUGAAACAAGAUAGUUGUGUCCACGAUCUACAAGCACACAACAAAGAAAUUUAUACUAUCAAAUGGAGUCCUACGGGGCCAGGAACAAACAACCCAAAUGCCAAUCUUAUGUUAGCAAGGUAAUAUUGUCACGGGGAGACAGCCGCUAUGCUAAGGCAUCAGAAUUCAUCCUCGGCACAUGAAGGAUUAAACUGUGGGGACUCCCCCGAUGCAAGGGGGGAUAAUUGGGGUCCACAGAUUGAUGGGCCUCCCUCCCACAGGGAGGUCUCAAACCAUGGUCAAUUGAACACCUUAAAAUACACACUCUUCUUCAGAUUUUCCCACCAAUUGCAGAAAGAUCUGAAGAGCUGCCCAGGCAGUUUUGGACAGGGCUUGUAUGUGCACCCCUCCUUGUCCCCAUUUCAACCCUUUCAGUGUUCUAAGAAGCCUGCUACUAUGCUCAUUUGUGUAUUUGAGCAUGUGCUUCUAGACUCCUAGACAGAGCCAGCUGCAAGUGCCUCAUCCUAUUUCGAAGGUCACUUCUGCACCAAACAUUUAAAGCCCAUGACUUCCUCUCACCCCUAAAGAAUCGUGGGAACUGUAGCUUAUCCCUCACAGAGCUGCACUUCCCAGCUUCCUUAACCAAACGGGGUUCCCAGGAUUCUUAGGGUGAAGCCGUGCACUUUAAACGUAUGUUGCGGAGGUGACCAAAUUCAGGAGUGCCCCAGGGGGAUAUGUCCUAGGCCUUUUCUUGGAAUACUGCUUGUUUUGCAGAACGCUGCAAUACUUGCAACCUAGGUAAGUGCCAACUAGCCCAAGGAAAUCCAGAUACGGAUAUUUAAUCAUAAUGAAACAGGUCAUUAUAAUAAUGAAGCUGAAGUCUAUAUACAGUUACGAUUGUAGGGUCCAGGGUGGUUGUUACAGGGGGGCAGGCGCCUGCACAGUUUAUGAAAGAUCAGCCCUUUUAAUGCAUGUUUUCUGCUGCACUCCCCUCAUUCUUUUGCUUUUCUUCCUCCACCCUUAAUUCCCCCCAGUGCAUGGUUUUGUUUUGUUUUUUAAAGAAAGAAAGCAUAGGUAAAUACAUUCUAAAGUCAAUAUUGAAAUGACAGCAAUUGCUUCCCCCUCCCGUUCUUUCCUUUCUCGGCAGUGCAUCUUUCGAUUCUACAGUUCGGUUAUGGGAUGUAGACAGAGGGAUCUGCAUCCACACCUUGACGAAACACCAAGAACCUGUGUACAGUGUAGCUUUCAGUCCUGACGGCAGGUACCUGGCCAGUGGCUCUUUCGACAAAUGUGUACACAUCUGGAAUACACAGGUGCGUCUACUUGGGUGGUUGUUUGUGUUUAGCUAUUUUAUUUAAAUUCCUUUCUUUCUUAGGGUUCUUGCCCCACACUCCUCAGUCGGAUUUGCCAGGACAGCUUUUAAUAUCAGGGGCUAAGUGAUGAUGAUGAUGAUGAUGAUGAUGAUGAUGAUGCCUUUCAGGGUGUCUGGGGUCUUUUCCUUGCUUCUACAAUGGCAGCACUUGGUGAUAGGGAAUGUGGCCUUUUAUUGCUGCUGAACCUCCCAACAGUAGUCCUCACCAUUCAUGUCCAGCAUGCCUCUUGAAUGCCAGGGGAACCUUGCGCAUUUUGUUUUCUUUCUCCCACCCAUUCCUCUCCUUUGCACCAAGGAUUUCCCCAAUGUUUAUGAGAGAGAGAGAGUGCAUGUUUCCAAGCACAGGGCUCCCAUUAAAAUGCAAUACACAGUUGUGAUUUCUGCCCUAAGAGGGUCUGAACAAACAGGGUUAUCUAAGAAGGAGGGGGACAUCAAAUGCAAGAGUUGGCUGUUCCGCAAGCUGUUUCGUUGGCACAGAAAUGGCUUUUUAAGGUGAACUGAUAGGUUCGUAAAAUGGGCUCCUGCGUGCCAGUCAGACCCUCCCUGGUCACAAAUACAGUCUCAGAAGACUAGUUCCCAUUUAACUUUUCUCUUGCUUUUAAAAGUCUCUAUUAGCACAGUGCUAUUUCAGAAGUGACCCUGCGAAAGAGGUGUUUUUAAAAGGAACCAGAAGGGUUUGCAUUGUGCAUAUCCUUUUUUCUCCCUGGGUCUAUGCGUAUUGAUAAUCUUCUAGCUGGACUAUAAUAGUGACUGGCGGCCCCCGAAAAACAUUUUAGAAGUCCUGUUUAAGCAGAAAUUCUAUGGCUUGUUAAAAGAGGGCAUAUAAAAUCUUUGAGCUCAUCUGCACCGGUUUCCAAUUUGCUUCUGGGCUAAGUUCAGAAGCACUAAACAGGCUGAGCACAACACAUUGUUCCAUUUGUUUGUCCCCUUCCUUGUGACCAGCAGUGACUUCCUGCUCUAGAACAUGGCACUUGCAAAUGGAAGGGACCUCAUAGAGCAGGCAUAGGCAAACUCGGCCCUCCAGAUGUUUUGGGACUACAGUUCCCACCAUCCCUGACCACUGGUCCUGUUAGCUAGGGAUGAUGGGAGUUGUAAUCCCAAAACAUCUGGAGGGCCGAGUUUGCCUAUGCCUGCCGUAGAGUUCCGCCUUGCUCUCUGUCUCCCCCACAGGCACAGAAAGGCACUGCAGAGAAUAGUCCAUGUGCUCAUGUCUCCGUUGUCACCCAUCAUCUCCUUAUUACUGGAGAUCUGUAUCCCACACAGGAAAAGAGUGUGUUUAGAAUGUAGGUGGUUUCGAAUGCAUGCAUACUUACAGAAAAUCAAGUGGUAUGUGUUUAUAUUAACAAGGAUGACAAUGUAUUCUAAUUACUUUCUAUCCCCCCCCCUUCUUUUUCAGACGGGUGCUCUAGUGCAUAGUUAUCGGGGAACAGGAGGCAUUUUUGAGGUUUGCUGGAAUGCAGGAGGAGACAAAGUUGGAGCGAGUGCUUCAGAUGGUUCAGUAAGUACACAGGUUAUUGCAGUUUGUCACUCCUGGAAUAUCCGAGUGAGCUUGGAAAUGUAGAGGCUUCUUAAAACAAGCCAGAAGACCCAUUGCUGCGUGACAAGCUAGGUGGGACUACAACUUAAUGCAGCGCUUCAUGAAACCAGUAAAUGAAAAAGUAAGCAUUCAUUGGAGCAUCUCCUUAGGUAGUCAGUGAAGUGUUGCCAGGCUUAGACCAACUCCACCCAUCCAGGCUGGCCAUUUGACCCUCCCAAACAGGAAAGACCAUUAGCGGCUUCCUGUUUGAGUGGAGACAGUGACGGGUCUUCCUGCUUGCCCUCUUGUUUCCUGUGAUCCUGUUUCCUGACAGCCCCCAAAUUCGGUCCAGUUACUCUGCCCCCACCUCACCCUGCUUCUUACAGGGACAAGCAAAUUGCCACGCCUAUUCAGAUCUGACACAGAGAGUUCAAAUGUUAUCGUUUCCAACCAAGGCGCUACCACAAAACAAGAAUUUCCGAUCAUUCUUUUGAGAUUCUCAUGACUGCAUGCAAAUGCAGGGAAGAAGCGGGUACAGAAGAAAUUAUUCCUCCAUAAAUAAUAAAUAAUAAUAAUAAUAAAUUUUUAUUUAUACCCCGCCCUCCCCAGCCAAGACUUGGCUCAGGACGGCUAACAACCAAUAAUAAAAACAAGUUGAUUAAAAUACAAUUUAAAAGAUUAAGAUACAACAUUAAAACAUUAGGGUGCAAUCUCUUCAUAGGAGGAGAAAAGAAAAAGAAAGAGGGGGAGGGAAUCAAACUGAUUCUAAGCCAAAGGCCAGGUGGAACAACUCUGUCUUACAGUCCUGCGGAAAGAGAUCAGAUCCUGCAGGGCCCUGGUGUCAAGAGACAGAUAAUUCCACCAGGCCAGAGCCAGUGUUGAGAAGGCCCUGGCUCUGGUUGAGGCUAAUCUAACUUCCUUAGGGCCCGGGACCUCUAGGGUGUUGCUAUAUAUGGACCUUAAGGUCCUCCACGGGGCAUACCAGGAGAGGCGGUCCCAUAGUUACGAGGAACGUGGAACAAGAGAAGACUCUUUCUGUUUUGUUUUUUAAAAGCAAAACGCUCAGGUUCACUACCAGCAUCCAUUUAACUCAGCAGUGUGUACAGCAAGGAGGACCGGCAACAAAAUGCUGCAGCGCUCAAGCUCAGGGUGCCAGCCAUGCCCUUUUCUAAGGCACACCAUCCCAUUCCCCCUCCAAGCUUUCCUUUUUCCUACCAAAAGACACUUAGCAUUCUGUGGGCACUGAGCAUGCUCAGUCCUCUUUGGGGCUCAGGUUUUUUGGGGCGCCCCUUUUUUGCCCCCCUCCCAAAGGCCUUUUAGUACUUCUGGAAACUUUGGGGCUCUUGUAAGAGUCCUGAUUGCCGCCACCUUGGGCUGUACCCGGAGCUCCCUGUCCGCUAGUUCAAGGACUCUUCUGCCAGCAGACGGGCAACUUUUGACGUUGUUCAGCAGAGGAUGCGAAUGCAACCGUUUUGCGUGAAGCUCACCAUGCAAUGGGUCGUGCAUACAGCAUUAUCACUAGCAAGCGACUUCUGCGUUUCCUUGUGCAGCAUCAUUCUGCAGGCAGAUAACGUUGAGCCAUCAGAAUGAAAGAAUACUUCCGAGUGACUUUAACCUAGCGCUACAUUAGAGGCAAAGGGACGCGGGUGGCGGUGUGGGUUAAACCACAGAGCCUAGGACUUGCCGAUCAGAAGGUCGGCGGUUCGAAUCCCCGCGACGGGGUGAGCUCCCGUUGCUCGGUCCCUGCUCCUGCCAACCUAGCAGUUCGAAAGCACAUCAAAGUGCAAGCAGAUAAAUAGGUACCGCUCCAGCGGGAAGGUAAACGGCGUUUCCGUGCGCUGCUCUGGUUCACCAGAAGCGGCUUAGUCAUGCUGGCCACAUGACCCGGAAGCUGUCUGCGGACAAACGCCGGCUCCCCCGGCCAAUAAAGGAAGAUGAGCGCCACUACCCCAGAGUCGGUCACGACUGGACCUAAUGGUCAGGGGUCCCUUUACCUUUAUCUUUACCUUUACAUUAGAGGCAUCCCUUUGUUUCUCAGCUGUCAACGCUCAGUAUCAGUGCUUGCUAAUAGCGGGAGGGAGUACACAUAGGCCCAGGGCAAAAACAUGAAUUGUUCAUCCCCUCUUGCGACUCCCUAGCAUCCAUGAGUGAGAGAUAUCCUAUCUGUGGAAGGUGACAAUAGGCCUCUUCUCUGUUGUAUGCAACUGAUGCUCUUAAGAAGUAAUGUAUAUUCUUGCGGAUUAAUCUGUUGUUUCAUAAACUUCUUAACGCCCCACUUUCCCCCACCCCUUCUCUCCUCCCCCUUGCAGGUUUGUGUACUAGACCUACGGAAAUAG